AACCCAACUGCAAACUGACCUGGCAAUCACAGCCACUGCAAACAUGUUGACAGUAUUGGCUCUGAUGACACUGCUGAUGGUCUCGGUUGAGUCGGACCUCUCAAAUGAAGAGUGGAAGUCUCUGAGUAACCCACAGAGCAGGACCCUGUUUUUCCGGAUCCUGCAGUCCUAUCUUGAAGGCAGAGAGAGUGAAGCUCAAGCGAUGAACAGGAAAACGAAUGUGAAGGAGAACAAAAACAGCAAUGUAGAAAAUACUGGUUAUGACAAGUAUGACCUCUUUCUUCACAAUGACAUUUAUGAUGUUUAG